GCCGCCCUGUCAACCGAGCCGCUCACCUCCCCUCUUCCUUCUUUCCCUCCCUCCCUGCCUGCUAAACGCACCGGCAACCAUUAAAAAGCACACACCGUUUUGUAUUCAAACAUCAGAUCGCCUUUCUCGCCCAAAUCGCGUUGUAUAGACCUUAUCAUGGCGGCGAGUGCGAAGCGAAAGCAAGAGGAGAAACACUUGAAGAUGCUGAGGGAAAUGACGAGUUUGCCCGCUAACAGAAAGUGCUUUGACUGCGACCAGCGCGGCCCGACCUACGCCAACAUGACGGUGGGCUCCUUCGUGUGCACCUCCUGCUCCGGCAUUCUACGAGGACUGAAUCCACCCAACAGGGUCAAGUCUAUCUCCAUGACGACCUUCACACAACAAGAAAUAGAAUUUCUACAGAAAAACGGGAAUGAGGUAUGUAGACAGAUCUGGUUAGGCCUACAUGAUGGGAAAUUGUCAUCAGCACCAGAUUUCAGAGAACCACAGAAAGUCAAGGAGUUUCUUCAAGAAAAAUAUGAGAAGAAGAGAUGGUAUGUACCUCCUGAGCAGGUCAAGGUAGUAGCAUCUGUCCACGCGUCGAUCUCUGGCUCCUCAAACAGCAGCACCAGCAGCACACCUGAGGUUAGACCUCUUAAAUCCCUCCUGGGGGACUCUGCUCUGACCCUACAUCUCAGCAAGAACACGCCACCUAAUCAGUCUCCAGUGAUCAGCCGCGGACAAACCCAUCAACAGCAUGACAAGAAGUUUGACCUCCUCAGUGACCUGGGUGGAGACAUCUUUGCUGCCCCGCCCAAAAUGAGUGCAGGCGCCAGCUCAAGUUUUGCAAACUUUGCACAUUUCAACAACCACACAACGGCACAGAAUGCCAGCGCAAAUGCAGGCUUUGCUCAUUUUGAUGCAUUCGGGAGCACUCCUGGGUCAAUGUGUGGUUUCCCUUCAGCACCCCAAGCCCCAUUCGCAGCCUCAAGCACAGCAUUCACUGUCCUCUCAUCCAGCCGCAGUAUAUGUGAGUUUGCUCUGCCUCUCCAGGUUGGAUUCAGUAGUGCCUCAGGGGGACUAGCAAAUGCAAGUUUUGCACAUUUUGACAACUUCCCCAAAUCAUGUAGUGCUGACUUUGGAUCCUUCAGUUCGUCCUCCCAGAGUAACUCCACAGGAGCGGGCAGGGACACUGUACAGAGUACUAGUGUCCCUGCCGAUAAAUACGCAUCCCUUGCUGACCUGGAUAACGUGUUUAGCUCUGGCAAAACAGAGCAAGGGGGCGCUAUUCCUGCUGGGGUGAGUUCAGUUUCUGGGGUGUCUCAAAACCAGCCAGCACCGGGAACAAGAGGGGACCGCUAUGCUGCUUUAGUUGAACUUGAUACAGUUUUUGGCCCCUCAGCCACCACCUCUAGUGUUUACAACAGCAGCAGCAGCACACAGGGGGUUUCAUUCAGCUCAGAGACUGGAGUAUCCACAACCCAAGCACAACACGUACUACCUGGUAUGGCUCAAACCUUUGGGGCAGCCCAGCCAAAUAAUCCCUUUGUAGCUGCUGGUGUUGCAGCCGCACCGACCAACCCAUUCCAGAACAACAGCAGAGCUGCAAGUGCGGCGGCGGCGGCAGCAGCAGCAGCAGCCUCCUUUGGGACAGCCUCCAUGAGUAUGCCUGCUGGAUUUGGAAACGCUUCAGGCUACAACCUCCCGACCAGCUUUAGUGGAACCUUUCAGCAGCCUUUUCCUGGCCAGCUGCCCUACUCGCAACCUACAGCGUACCCCCAGCAACUCAAUGGUGGAGGAUUUUCAGUCUUUGGCCAGAGCAAGCCAGUGGUAACACCUUUUGGGCAGGUGAUGGCUGGACCAGUGGUCUCCAGUAACCCUUUUCUGGGUGCCGGUUCAGCGGCGCAAUAUCCAGCAGGGGGCGCUUCAUCGAAUCCCUUCUUAUAGCAUUCCAUCAUAUCAGCUCCUCUCUUCAGGGUCGACUGAUGGCGCUUGCAUCUAUUUCACUGUUUUGUUUCACAGGUAGCUUGAAAGCGCAAUGUUUGUAUAGAUUUGUAUUGCAAGUUGACACAAAUUGACCGUUCUGAGGUGGGAGAGUCAUGACACUGUAUGGUGACAAAAUAAUGUAAAUGUGAGUGCAGAGGGAGGGGUUGAUCCGCAUCAAACUGGCUCAAAGUAAGGGUUUGUUCGCAAGCAGUAGUCAAGCUUUAUGCUAAAAUUCUGUGAAUAUUGUUUCCCCCAGCAAAUCCACUCUUUGUGCAUAUCAGUAUUUGUACACAAGGUUUGUUAUAACAGAACUAUUUCUUGGCAAAGCCAAUGAGUUCUGCCAGUUGCUUUAUCUGACAAGAGUUUAUUUGAGCAAAAAAAAACAAAAAAAAAAACGUUUCACUUAACCGGAUAAACAAUGCAUGUUCUCGUGACGAGAGAGAAUGCUCCAAUGCUCUCUGCCAGGCCACGCCUGCACAAAACAGGCCUGGCGCACAAUGUCAUCCACAUCCAUACCGGAAUAAGCAUAUGAACUGACAACCACUUGCAUCGGGGAUAAAGACUAUUUUAAGUUAAGUUAAUAUGUAUAUAGAAAGUAUAUAUAUAUAUAUAUAUAUUAAAAAGUUUCAAGAAUUGACCAAGUCAUUCAUUUAUAUUGAUGUAUGAAAAUAUUU